GCAGCGGGAACUUAGUUCUUUGUCUCUGUUGCGACAAUUCUGCACGCGUCCUUUCAAACUUUGAGUAGAGCGGGUGGAGAGACUUUGAGAGCAGUCUCCACACUCUCCACUCUCCAGUCUGUGGUUCGACUUUCAGUCUACCGUUGACUCUCUCGUGUGGUGUGCUCGUCUUGUGGUGUGAAUUGUGGUGCCGUGGUUUACGCGCGCUGUGUUCAUCGACAGUAGUUUUAUUCAAGUUGAGUUAAUAGUUCAUCUUGAGUUUAUUUUCUUCAAAGGAUAUUGUACGAGAUUAUCCACAGGGUAGUUUGAUGUGUUGAAAUGGAGUCCUAUUUUUAAGGAAUGUUCUUCAUCAACGCAUCCUCCAUAUAUGGCCAUCAAUAUCGAUACAGUGCGCUUCAAGUCAUCCUGAUGAAGACCAUGUGACUCUAUCAGUGAACGUCCGCUUCCCAAGAUGAGCUACCGCCAUUACCAACAGUCCGCCCCCGAUGGGGCGGUAAGGGAAAGACGUCGCGCAACCCCCAUACCAGUGCCGCCUCCGCGCGUCCCGCCUUCGCACAACAAGCACCCAACCGCCCCCAACAACAACAACAACAACAGCAGCAUCGUCAACAGCAACAACAACAACCAGUCACCUGCCAAACAACAUUUGCUGCCCCCGCAGACCACCGCCUCCAUUCAUCAUCAACAGUACUAUCGGGCUCAGCAGCAGCAGGCUCAUCAUAGACAACAAUAUGAUGACAUUCCUUCACCAUGGAUCAAUCCUCGCUUGUAUUCAAAGGCAAUGAGCGUGUCGCGGCAGCACAACGCGGAGACACGCGACGCGGGCCGUGACAGUGGAGACGGCGAGACGCAAGCGGGUGGCGUGUGCGGUUUGAGGGCUGCGCAGUCGGACCGUAAGCCGCAGCGGCUGCUGCUGGAGACGCAGUUCGCGUUCUCCAUGACGGGACACGUCGGCACCUCGGCACAGGCUUCGGCCGCGGCUGCGUUUUUCGCAAGAGCAGCUCAAAAGUUGAAUCUGGCCGCGUCGUCACCGGGUCGCCGUAGCAGCAGCAGCAAGCGGCAGUCAGAGCUGCAGCAAACGACAGCUGAUGAUGGCUUCUGCGCAGCUCUGUCGCGCAGCCCACCUGCACUCCCCGCCAACAUUCUGCGCCGCCUUGGCGCCAAGGAGCAGCCCACACAUUCUGUUGGAAAGGUGAAGGUAACUCUGAGGUUAUCGAAAGAGCCAAGCCAGGGCAAGGAUGGACAAGCGUUCCUGAGCCUGGACAAGCGGAAGAAGCAGGUGACCCUGAUGGAGCCUUCGCCCCCCUCAGCUGCCAGCACGGCUGCCCCGCCCGAGGACCGACUGCUCGGAGUAAACGCUCCCAAAAUGUUCGCUUUCGACGCCAUCUUCACUGAUGAAGACUCCCAGAUUGAUAUGUGCUCAUCAGUCCUUGGGGAUGUUGUUCACGCUGUUGUCUCUGGGUCGGAUGGAUGCGUGUUUGGAUUCGGCUAUCCCAAUCUUGGCAAAUCGCAUACGAUGAUUGGUACACCUGAUAGUCCAGGAGUCACACCGAUGGCUAUAGCGUGGCUCUUCAAGAGCAUCCAAGAACAGAAACAGAGAACAGGUGCCAGAUUCUCAAUGAGGGUAUCAGCAAUGGAAGUCCACAAUAACUCUGUACAUGACUUAUUGGCAUCUUACGUCACAGAUGAAGAGCAGUCACCAGGGAUGUAUCUGAGAGACGAUCCUCUUCUAGGCAUGCAGAUUCUGAACAGCAGUGAACUGAGGGCUCCGACAGCUGAGAAGGCAGCCUUCUACUUGGACUCAGCCAUUGCAGCCAAACAGAGCUGUGACUCGCAUCUGAUAUUCUCACUGCAUGUCUACCAGUACAGUGUUGCCGGCAGGGGAGGAGUUUCAGGAGGCCGUAGCAGACUACAUUGUCUCGACCUAAGUGGGACUGGCAAAUUUACACCAUCAGCUGUAGGAGGGGUUCUCCUGGCCAUAUUCAACUCUCAGAAACACAUUCCUCAUAGGGAUCAGAGAAUGGCGCAGGCUCUGAAGGAGUGCUUGGGCUCGGUGACGUGUCACGUGGCGAUGGUGGCCCACGUGUCUCCAGACGUGUCUCAUUACGUCGAGACGCUGGCCACCAUCCAGCUCGCCUCCAGGAUACACCGCAUGAGGAGGCGUCGGUUUAAGUUCACAGGCGGCAGCGGCGGCGGAGCCCGGGACAUCCCGGACACCGGACGCGUGUCUGGAAGCAGCGAAUGUCCGUCGAGCAGCGAACAGUCGGCGGACACGGUCAUCUACAUGGGCGGACCCGACCGGACCGGACCCGACGAGACGGACGGCGAACACCCGCCGGUCUACCUGCCCGCUCUGAACAGCGGCGACAACCGCUGCUCCAUGAGCAAAGCACUGCGGGGAUCCGGUCUCGAGAGACCGCACUCCAAAUCCGUUCCUGCCUCUCCGUUCAAAACUCUUUCCUCAGUCCCAGUCUCCCCGUUCAAAACCUCCAGUCUAUCCUCAGUGCCACCUUCACCUUUCAAGACGGCUAGUUUGUCUUCUGUUUCUGGAUCAGGGACAUUCAAGGCGAGUGAUGGAUCGGGGAGAGGUAGUCCCAGGAAAAUUGCGGCGGGUAAAAUGGGAAUGCAGAGUUCCAAAUCGUCGCCGGCCAGAACGGCCAAAUCCAAGACGACCUCUCUGUCGGUUGGCAGCAAUGGGGAGGAACAGUGGGUGGAUGGUCCUCGUAUUUCACGGUCCAGAGUUGUGGAAGCACGAAACCUGCACAUGAUAACCACAAGAGAAACGUGGGUAGAUGGUCCAAUGCAGCCAACAGUCAAUGGUACAGCAGGAGCCACCAGCUAUGGUUUCAUGGACGGUCACAAGCAAUCUAUGAUCCAGCAGUGGGUCGAAAACCAGAAGCUGCAGGCAGAACAGCAGAAGCAGCAGAAGGACAAGAGCUCCAAGGAGAGACUGAGGGAAGGAGAGCGAGGGAGAGCUAGUGGUCAGGAGGACAAUGACUGCUAUGAAACGUCAAUCAGCAGAACUGAUGUCAAUCAAGAUCAGGAAACAUCGUUGAAGCCGUCUGAUGUGGAAGCAGAUAAAACGCAAGACGUGAUGGCGAAUAAGGAUACCAUCAUUGAUACAGCACCUGAUGCAUUGGAACCUCUGGACGAUGAAAAUGAAGAGGAAAUGGAAAUUGAAAUCAUUGAAGUCGAAGAAUUAGGAGAGCCGGUCCUUGUGCAAGAUUCGUGUCUUCAGGUUACUGAAGAGGAUAUUGCACUCUGCAUGGGUCAACUCGAGAACCCACUUCCCGAAGUGGACCAAGAGGAACAUCCUUUGAGGAUACUCAGUGAGGAAAAUCUGACAAUUGUUUCAACUUUUACUGAUUCUUUGUCCAUUGCAAAUGAUAUUGAGAGAUUUCUUCCGAGAGGUUCGACAUUCCUACACAAAACUGCGACAACCACUGCCACUUGGUGUCCUAACAGUUCAUCUCAUACACUCAAAGAUGAUGGUUGCAUUGUGAAGGCCGGUUUAUUAUCUCGCUGCCAGUCACUGUCAGUCUCUCUGUCUGAGAUUCCUGCAGCUGACAAUAGUAGUGUUACCAGUGAGCCUGCCUAUCUUCCUGGUUCAGGAAGCAGAUACUGUGAUAAUUGCCACAUGAGCAUGUCAGCUAAAAGCACUGCUCUGGAAAUGUGGUGUCAACAGGAGCAUAAUGGGUGUGAACGGCUGUCAGGAAGUAUCUCUUCGCUGAGACAGCCAGACGGCGCAUCGAAUCCAACCUCCCUCUGGUUGUUGAGGGUUGCGGAGGAGGAGGAGGAGGAGGAGGAGGAUGUGCCAAUCCACUGAGGAGUGCAUCCGAUGAAGACAAUGACCCCCCUCCUCAGCUGCCUCCUCCUCUCCAGAGCAACCUCUACUCUUUGUCCAGGUCAAGAGGAGGAUCUGUUUCUAGUCUAGAGGGGAGUUGUUUACCCCCAAGCUUCAGCAACGGACAAGUUCAUGAUCCUGGAGGUAUGAUAUUUAUAUUAUAUCUACUGCUAUAUAUUAUUACAUAUUUGCAUCAUAUUGAUGGCAAAUUUAUGUUUGUUAUUGACUAUCAAUGUACCGAUGAUUGUUUAAUUAUUGAUAGUAGCCUCUCUAAUAGGCUACGAAAAGCACUGACAAGCCAGCCAACACUUACAAUCAAUUCGACGUUAUUCGGAUGCCAGGAUCUCUAAAUAGGCUUCCACAUCCACCAUCCGACAGCUCAAGCAUGAUUCUGAGAGCAAGAAACGUGCAUCCGGUUCAACCAAGCUGAGACACCUCCAUCUUCCAAUGAUUUAACACUCUUAAUGAGUAAAAUGCACUCUCUGUGUCGAAUGCAAGUAUAAUUCUAAGUCACAUGAUUUGCUGUAAAUCAAUUAUUUUGAGUUAGUUUCAAUGAUUCAAGACUCUCACUGUAUGUCGAAUGGAAGCAUUUCAGUCACAAUAGAUGUGAAUCAAUCAACCAAUUGUUAAGAGUUUGGAGUAAUUUUUCACUAAAAGUAGGAUAUUAUUCAUAAUAUAGUGUUUGGCUAUCAUGAACAGUGAGGAAGCCAACUGUUUCAUAAUGCAUGUUCUUGAAGAUAAUAUGAAAAUACAAUAACAUUGAAAUUAAAUGACUAUAAUAUUGUUUUAUUCAUAAAAAGGUUAUUUUCCGAUGUAUUUUUCUAAUAAUUUCACUUUAUGGGAGAAAUUAUACCACACUUAUUUAUGUUUAAAUGGUAUCAAACGUGCUAUAAACAAAUAUAAUUUCAUCAGGAUUUUCAGUUUAUAAUAUUUAUGUAUAAAAUUAGCAAACUUCAGAUCUCAUUAGAUUAGCAAAUAUUUAUGUAUCUCACAUUCAAUAAUUUUGUUUUAUUUGUCAUGUUCUAUAAUGCAGUAUGUGUUUCAUAUUCAAUAAUUACCUUAGGCUACUCUCUUAUGUCAAAAAUGAGCAAUAUCAUAUGAAUUCUUAGAAAUACUGUAUCCAGAUUUACUUUGAUUGAUUGUUUGUCAUGUUCUAUAAUGCAGUAUGUGUUUCAUAUUCAAUUACCAUAGACUGCUCAUGUCAAAAAUGAGCAAUUACAUGAAUCCAUAGAAAUACUGUAUCCAGAUUUACUUUGCUUGAUUGUAGGUUUUGAGAAUAACAAAUCCUUCUCAUGAUGUUAGUACAAUAUGUAGACUACCGGUUUAUUUCAUAAACUUUUCAAUCUAUACACCAUUUCAUUUAUGAUUUCUCUCCCCUGAAAGAAUAGUCUACAGGCCAUGUGUGAACUGAAAUAUAAAAUGAAAAAAUAAUUCUUUCAACAUCAAUUCUUUGUAUUUGUCGUGAUAUACUAAGGCAAUGUAUAUUUCAAUCAAUAUUCUUGUAAAUGUUCAGGAAAUGUGACUAGAAAAUUGUACAUUUUGAUGUGAAUAAAAUAUAAUAGUUCUCCAAUUUAUUGUGUAGGCCUAUUUUAAAAAUGUUAUAUAUAAUAAUUAUAUAUAUUUAUAUCGAGAAAAAAUGACGCUCAUUUCUUACACGAACCGACCUUUCCUUCAGCUUAUUCGUUAGUAUCUGAUUAUCUUUCCGGCAGCAUCUGAUUAGCAUGGUUUACUAUCAUUGUCUGACAUAAGACAAGGCAGUUGACUUAGUCAGAAUUUACAGUGUUUUAUAUAAAAUUUUAUAUU